GGGAGGCGGGAGGGGGGUUGGAGUUUCUCAGCGCCGAUUCCGCGGGAAGGGCCCAGGGGCCUUACACUUCGAGUCGCAGGAGCUGCGGGUCUUACUGGAAGAAGCGCUGCACGUGGAGCCCGCGUCCCUGCCGUUCUCAGCCGGCUCUGGAGCGCGGGUGGGGGCGACGGGGCCGAUUCCGGAGCGGGACUGACCUAUUGAAAUACUCCAACCAUGACUAAAAGAGAAGCAGAGGAGCUGAUAGAAAUUGAGAUUGAUGGAACAGAGAAACCAGAAUGCACAGAAGAAAGCAUUGUAGAACAAACCUACACUCCAGCUGAAUGUGUAAGCCAGGCUAUAGACAUCAAUGAGCCAAUAGGCAACUUAAAGAAACUACUGGAACCAAGACUACAAUGUUCUUUGGAUGCUCAUGAAAUUUGCCUGCAAGAUAUCCAGCUGGAUCCAGAACGAAGUUUGUUUGACCAAGGAGUAAAGACAGAUGGAACUGUACAACUUAGUGUACAGGUAAUUUCUUACCAAGGAAUUGAGCCUAAGCUAAACAUCCUUGAAAUUGUUAAACCUGCGGAAACAGUUGAAGUAGUUAUCGAUCCAGAUGCCCACCAUGCUGAAGCAGAAGCACAUCUUGUUGAAGAAGCUCAAGUAAUAACGCUUGACGGCACAAAACACAUCACAACUAUUUCAGAUGAGACCUCAGAGCAAGUGACACGCUGGGCCGCCGCGCUGGAAGGUUAUAGGAAAGAGCAAGAGCGCCUUGGGAUACCUUACGAUCCUAUACAGUGGUCCACAGACCAAGUCCUGCAUUGGGUGGUUUGGGUAAUGAAGGAAUUCAGCAUGACUGAUAUAGACCUUACCACACUCAACAUUUCCGGAAGAGAAUUAUGCAGCCUCAACCAAGAAGAUUUUUUUCAGCGAGUCCCUCGGGGAGAAAUUCUGUGGAGUCAUCUGGAGCUUCUUCGAAAAUAUGUGCUGGCAAGCCAAGAACAACAGAUGAAUGAGAUAGUUACGAUUGAUCAGCCUGUGCAGAUUAUUCCAGCAUCAGUGCAGUCUGCUACCCCAACGACCAUAAAAGUCAUUAAUAGUAGCACAAAGGCAGCUAAAGUACAGAGAGCCCCGAGGAUUUCGGGCGAGGACAGAAGUUCUCCUGGGAACAGAACAGGAAACAACGGCCAAAUCCAGCUGUGGCAGUUUUUGCUAGAACUUCUUACUGACAAGGAUGCUCGAGACUGCAUUUCUUGGGUUGGCGAUGAAGGCGAGUUUAAGCUAAAUCAGCCUGAACUGGUUGCACAGAAAUGGGGACAACGUAAAAAUAAGCCUACAAUGAACUAUGAGAAACUAAGUCGUGCAUUAAGGUAUUAUUAUGAUGGGGACAUGAUUUGUAAAGUUCAAGGCAAGAGAUUUGUGUACAAGUUUGUCUGUGACUUGAAGACUCUUAUUGGAUACAGUGCGGCAGAGUUGAACCGUUUGGUCACGGAGUGUGAACAGAAGAAACUAGCAAAGAUGCAGCUUCACGGGAUUGCCCAGCCGGUCACAGCAGUCGCGCUGGCCACUGCUUCUCUGCAAACGGAAAAGGAUAAUUGAGCCCAGGACCUUCUGGGAGUCCAAGGUCUUUCUUAAACGUUAGAGCGAGUCUUGCUCUCACCUUUAUUACUGAAUUUGAAUCUUCUUUUAUUUCUAGACUGUACAAUCUGAUGCAUGAUUUUUUUAUAAAUAUUUCAUACUCUUGUGAAUUUGGAUCUUUUUACUUUGAAGCAUAUAUUUUAGAAUAUGUGUAUGUUAAGGAUCACCACAAUGUCUUCAGCGUGAAGUCAGGUUCAUUGUGGGAUAGUUUGUUAACAGUCAGGAAAGCUAAACUGGUCAGUAUUAACGUCUAGCCCUACCAAAAAUAGCCAGUAGCAUCUGAGGAUGAAGAAUAAAUGAAGUAUCUCCAGGAAACAGUCUGGCUUAACUAUUUUUGAAAUUAUAACUGUUUCCCCUCUCUGCUGCUUUAGAUGUUGCUUUACAUAGAACCAGAAAGUGGAAUUUUUCACAGCUAAAGCAUGUGUGCCUGUUUCAUCUAAUCAAGCAGAGCUAAAAUAUUCAUAUCAAAUAAAACUAUAAGAUUAAUAAGUUACUAAACUGAGAGUAUCAAGUUAUUAAAGUAAUUUAUAUAUUUGCAAGCAGAAGACAAUAAGAAGUUAGCUGGCAGACGAGCACUGCUGAGGAGGGAGAUCCAGGUUGAAAUCUGGCUUAACUGGCUUAAGCUAAUUUUAAGGAUUUUCUGUACAGAUUAUUCAUGAUGUGAGGCCAAGAAUUUAAAUUAUUUUAAGAGAGGCAUUUAAUUCUAAUAAACCAGCUAUUACAAAAAUCCUGAAAUGAUCUCUGUUUUUCCUGUCAGAGAUUUAAAAAACUGAAAAGGUAUACCUCAGCCAGAAAAUAAAAGUUUGGUUUAGUUUGGUUUGUUA